AUGUCUAAAAAGAUCAAUUCGAAGGAAAUAGUAGAGGAAUUACUAGAUAAAUAUGAUUAUUUCUUAUUUGACUGUGAUGGUGUAAUCUGGUUAGGAGAUCACUUGAUUCCACUUGUGGCACAAACUUUGGAUUUGUUAAAGAAGAAGAACAAAACGAUAUUUUUUGUAACAAAUAACUCCACGAAGGCUAGAGAUGACUACUUGCAUAAGUUCGAGAAAAUGGGGAUUCAUGGGAUCUCCAAAACGAACGUCUUUGGAUCCUCAUACGCAACAGCAGUUUACGUGGAAAAGAUUCUUAAAUUGCCGAAAUCGAAAAAGGUCUGGGUUUUAGGCGAACAGGGUAUCGAGAAAGAAUUACAUGAAUUGGGUUAUAAGACUGUUGGAGGCUCUGACCCUGUUUUAAAUAAAGAAGGUAUUACCUUCGAUCCCAACCACCCGCAUCUAACUGACUUAGAUGAGAAUGUGGGUGCAGUAGUAGCAGGUCUUGUCUUUUCAUUAAGCUACUUAAAACUCUCCAUUGCUCUUCAAUACUUAUUGAAAGACAACAAGAAAUUGCCCUUCAUUGCCACCAACAUAGACUCCACAUUUCCAAUGAAAGGUAAUUUAUUCAUCGGAGCAGGCUCUAUCAUCGAGACAGUAGCUUAUGCCUCUGGUCGCCAACCUGAUGCAAUCUGUGGUAAGCCUAAUCAGUCUAUGAUGAACUCAAUUAAAGCUGAUAAUCCUCUCUUAGCGGAGAAUCCAUCUCGUGGGCUCAUGGUCGGGGAUAGAUUGAAUACGGAUAUCAAAUUUGGUAAGGAUGGUGGACUUGAUACAUUACUAGUAUUGACGGGAAUUGAAACUGAAGAAUCUGUUUUGAGCCAGUCUGCAUCUUCUGCUCCUACUUAUUACGCUGACUCUUUAGGUGACUUAUAUAGCUUCACUCGCUAA